AUGAAUAGUGCAGACACAAACCUAUGUCCAAAUCAAUAUAGUGAGAUUGCACUAGGCUGUUAUAAAAUAAAUAAUGGCACGAAUAUGACAUGGUCCGCUGCUCAACAGAAUUGUCUUAACGAUGCGUAUCAAUUGUCACCGAAUGUGACUGAACCAAAUCCAGUGACUCACCUCAUUGCACUUGAACUUGUUACAGAAAAAACAGCACUGUUUUAUUGGAUGAACGCUUAUAGUAUUGAAACUGAAUUUUGGAUUGAUGGCAUCGUUUCAACGUCAUCAUGGGAUUGGUCAAAUCAAUCGAUAACAUGGUAUUUUGAGAAAUAUGAACGAGCAGUUAUAGGCAAUGGAUCCAAUUAUAAAAUUGCCUUUAAUUCAGAAGUUGUCUAUAAUACAACAAUUACCAAUAAUGGAACAACUAGCUAUAAUUCAUAUAAAGGAUCUUAUCAAAUAGUUGAUGAUAUUGGUAAAACUCAAUUGCAUUAUAUUUGUGAAUACCAAAUACCAUGCAACAAUACAAAUAAUACUUGUAAAAAUAAUGCUACAUGUUAUUUAAAUGUUGGCAGAGAAAUUUGUACUUGUGCACCAGGAUUUACUGGGCAAUAUUGCGAAACUGCUAUUGAUGAAUGUUUAUCCUCACCGUGUUUGCAUGGUGGAGAUUGUAUGCCUAGUAUAGAUAGUUAUACAUGUAAUUGUUCAAAUAUAUUUUAUACGGGGUCAAACUGUGAAAUCUAUCGAACUGAUCCAACAGAAAAUGAUCGUGCAGCUGCAUUCUGGUCUGUUGUUGGUGUUGUAACUGGAUUAGUAGUCAUUUUAACAUUGUCUGAUUUACCAUGGGGAGAUAUUAUAACAACUAUUGGCUGUUCAGGUUGUCGUUCAAAAUCUUGUUGUAAACACUAUGAUGGUACAAACAUGACUGAAAAGGAGCUUCGGUUAUCUGAUUCACCUGUAAAUGAUCAAAACAAACGAGUAAAAAAUAAGUCAAUCUCUGAUGGAACAACACCAUCAAAUGAAUUCAAUUAUCGUGUAAUGGACGCAGUGUGGAAUCCCGAAUAUAUUCACGAUCAAAAAUCAUCAAAUCGUCUAUAUAAUGGACAUUUUUCACCUGAUCAAAGUAGAACACCUGAUAAUAUACUUAUACAGUCAUUUGCUGCUGCUACUAUGGUUAAACAACAACAAAAAGAAUUAGAAGACAAACGAAUUUAUGCUGUCAAUAUAAAUGACUCUACAAAUUCAACAUCAAAAACCAAAGAUCCUGUUAAUACAAUGAUUAGUUGGACGGAACAAUUACAAGAAGAAUUACGAAAUAAAAAAUCUCGUGAGACUAGUGCUAGUUCAACCAAACAAUUAAUUCCUCCAUUAAAUACAAGUGACUGUUAA